UGUGAUUUUUUUAUUCGGUUUUUCGUGGCGUCUGAUGCAUUGCAUACAAAAUAAUUUGAUCAAUAAAUAUUAAUUUCUAACAUCAAUAUCUCCGAGAUUCGCGAUUAUAUCUUCCCAAGGGAAAUAACUUAAUAUGGAUGAUGAAGUUAGUUCGGAUUUACAGAAGUGUUUAUCAGAAGACGGGCAAAUGGAAACGGAUGAAGGACCGCUCAUAAAUGAAAAUUCGAAUGGGCUUUCGCACCUUCUGACAGAGGGAGAGUUCAAUAGCGUGGAUGCCGUUGUAGCGGACGAGUCGUCAACGUCGAACCAAGACAGUCAGAAGACCAAGAUGGACACUGAUUUUGAGCAGGAGAGCAUUAGUGAAAUGUCCAAUGACGUAAACUCGGAGAGAGUGGAAGAAAUUCCAGCUAAGAUGGAUGACGAGAGUGCUACCGGUGAUGAUAAAUUUGCGGAAAAUCUUGAGGCCACUAAUGAUAGUACACUUGAACAGGAUACUGAGGCCGUACAAAAUGAUACACUGGAUGAAGCUUCAGAAACAGCUCAACUGGAAAUACCUGAAUCAAAUAAAUUGGAAAAGAAUCAGCAAGCUGACCAAGUGGUGGUAAAAUCAGAGCCGGAUACAGAGAAUCCUGAGAGUCCCCUCAAAGAAAAGUUAUCUAUACAGAUAAAGAAGGAAAUUAAAGAUGAAGAUGAUGACUACAUGGACCAAAAGCCAAAAGAAGAAUUAAAGGAACUUAAAGAUGGUUCUGUGGACCAAAAGCUAAAAGAUGAAUUGAAGGUGGAUAUCAAAAAAGAAAUAAAAACAGAGGGAGGAGGGGCUGAGGAAACCGAAGUAGUUUCUGAGGAUGAGCUGCCAACUGUACAAAAACCAAGUGUCAAGGAUGCAGAGAAUGUCUCUGACGAUGAGCUUCCAGGUCCGAAACCAGCUGACUUACCUGCCGAUACAGAGGUGGUUUCAGAAGAUGAGCUCCCUGCAUCUAAAAAAGAGUCGCGUAAGAGAAAGCCCGAUGAAGAAAGAGAUGGAUAUGACCCUGGAUCACCCACUUCAGAGAGUGAAUCUUCUAAUAAAAAGCAAGCUGUGGCUAAGAAUGGUGAAAGCAAACCUGUCCCUGCUGAAAAACGUUCAUCCAUUGAUGAGAAACCCAAGAAAAAGACCCUUCCAGAACUUGACAAGUAUUGGAAGGUCGUCAAUGAUGACCCCACUGAUUUCACUGGCUGGACAUAUUUACUGCAAUAUGUAGAUCAGGAGAGCGACGUGGAGGCAGCGCGCGAAGCCUACGACGCGUUUCUGUCGCACUACCCGUACUGUUACGGCUACUGGCGAAAGUAUGCCGACUAUGAAAAACGUAAAGGAAGUAAAAAGAAGUGCCUUGAGGUAUUGGAAAGAGGAUUGAAAGGGAUACCUCUGUCUGUGGACUUAUGGAUACACUACCUGAAUCACAUUAAAUCAACGAGAGCUGAGGACCACGCCUUUAUCAGAUCGCAAUACGAGAGGGCAAUUGAGGCUUGUGGUUUGGAGUUCCGUUCAGAUCGCCUUUGGGAAUCUUACAUCAAGUGGGAGGCUGAAAACGGCUCGGCUCUCAACGUCACAAGUAUCUACGACAGGCUGUUGGCCACGCCCACCCUCGGCUACACCUCACACUUUGACAAUUUCCAAGAGCACGUGAUGUCGGAGCCGGUGACGGGCGUGGUGACGCAGGCGGAGCUGGUGCGGCUCCGCGGCGAGGUGCGCGACGCGGCCGGCGCGCAGCCGCAGCUCGACCUGCCGCCCGGCGAGGACGAGCCCGUCGACCACGUGGCUUCAGAAGAAGAAGCUCAAGCAAUCAAGGAGCGCAUCAUAGCAGCGCGGCGGAAGGUGCACAAGACGACCGGCGAAGAGGUCGCCGCUCGCUGGGCGUUUGAGGAGGGCAUCAAGCGUCCGUAUUUCCACGUGAAGCCGCUGGAGCGCUGCCAACUGAAGAACUGGAAAGCGUACCUGGAGUGGGAGAAGCAGCACGGCUCCUUCCGCCGCGCGCUCGUGCUGCACGAGCGGUGCCUCAUCGCCUGCGCGCUCUACGAGGAGUUCUGGAUGCGGGUGAGUCUAGUACUGAACUGGAAGGCGCACCUGGAGUGGGAGAAGCAGCACGGCUCCUUCCGCCGCGCGCUCGUGCUGCACGAGCGGUGCCUCAUC